GGAGGAGAGAGAGAGAGAGAGAGAAAGAAAGAGAGGCAGCGCUUCUCUAUCGGAUCCAUGGAACCCUUACCCGUCUUCUGGUCCCUCUCUCCCCCCUCUCCCCGAUCCACUUCCCCAUCCAGAUCCGAACCCGAUCGCGAUCAAGAUCCGCCGACCCUUUCCCUCUCCCUCUUCAACCUACCCGACAACGACAUGGAUCUAGGUUUAGGGCAAGAUCCGAACCACGGCGAUUGGGGCGUCGACGACGAGUUUUUCAUCGGCCGCCGAUUCAGCAGCAGCUACGGAUCUGAAUCCGAAUCUAGCAGAGACUUCUCCCGCGCUCGCCCGAUUGAUCGCGACGGCUUGCGGAUUCUCGCCUUUGAGUCUGAUUCGGAUUCGGACGAGCAGAUUGUUGCGAUCGGGGAGGACUCGGUCUUGGAUGAGCAGAUUGAGGGAGAUGCGAGCGUUGAUCUUCCUCUUUGUUGGGAUUGUCUUCGGAUUGAUGAUGAGAGGAGAGAUUUGAAUGCGGAGUUUGAGUGGGAGGAGGUUGAUGGGAGAGUGGAGGAAAGGGAGGUGAUUAAUCUAAAUCAAGAAGGGGUUAAUGAUGAAGAAAGGGCGAGCAAUGUCGAAUGGGAGGUUCUUUGGAUGAAUCAUUUGGGGAAUAAUGAUGAUUCCGAAUCUUAUCUCGACGAUGGUUUUGUUUACGCGACUUCAGAUUAUGACGAGGUCCAAUUCGCCCAAUUUCAAGGUCAUCACGAUAGUUUGCUCAAGGGGAGCCCGCCGGCGGCGAAAUUAGUGGUGGAGAGCUUGCCUUCAGUUUUCUUGACGAAGGAUCAUGUGGAAAUCAAUGGCUGUGCUGUUUGUAAGGAUGAGAUUUCGGCUGAGGAGAAGGCGAAGAUGCUGCCUUGCUCGCAUUGCUACCAUGAGGAGUGCAUUUUGCCGUGGCUGAAGAUGAGGAACACUUGCCCGCUUUGUCGUUUUGAGCUUCCAACUGACGAUCCAGAGUAUGAGAGGUGGAAGUUGAGGAGGACGGGGAGCACGGGCCGAUUGGAGGUGGCAGUGGACGAAAGAAUCAGGUAUGAUUUUGAAAUAUUACCUGAUGCUUGAACUUGAAUUUGUAUUGAUAUGUUGUUGUUAUUGUUGUGGCAGAGAGGGUUUUCUAAUAUUAUGUUGUAUGCAUUUUGUUGUUGUUAGAUGAGUUAUGGUAGUGUUAGAUCAAACUUUUUGGAGGAGGAUUCAAUAUGGGUUAUUAUGUGGGAAUUGGUUAUUGAGAGGUGUUUGUAAGGAGUUGUAAUAGAGAAUUUAGAACAUAUUUAUCUCAUAAAUUUGUUAUUUUACAUUGCAAAAUUUGGAAUAAAGGAAUCUUAUAAGUA